AAUUCGAGUCAAGUCUUUCAUUGGCGCGAGUAAACACUUCAGGCGCGGUGGGGGGAAACGAUUCGACAAUCUCACGAGACAGAAUGAGAUUUACUGAUUAUUGUUUACAUUGUUUAAAAAAAUAGAGAAACGAACCGAAUCGAUCCGGAUUAGUUGACAAGCUACCAAAUAGGCCGAAUUGAUCGGAAAGAGGUCAUUUCCGCGGCACGCUGCAGACGAGAGAUGAGGCGAAGACUGUUUGCUGACUGAACCUGCUUUACAUCGACCGAACUCUGAGUACCAAUGAGCCCAGUUAGCUAGCUAAGUUGCUAGCUAGCUAGAAUUAGCAAGCUAUCGAUCUGGAUUUAUCCUGGGAAGAAAAAAAAGAAUAGCCAAAGCUUGGAUAUAUAGUUUAGCGACGCACUUUUCUUGCUCCAAAUGAACGUUUUUAGGUUAAUGCUAUUGUCGGGUCCAGCGUGAGCCGAGGUAGAGAACGCCUGCUAGGCUGGGGCCCACAAAGAGCGGAGGCGAGUAAGCCCGGGGUUACCCGUGCAGGGGCAGCGGCAGAAAGGGGCUUGGGAAAUCCCGAGGAUCUCUAGGCCUACACACGACUCUCCAUCAGCCCCCAAGGAACAGGGCCUGCACUGCUCACUCUGGACUCCGAAUCUGGGAGAGGACGGGGAUUUCGACAAGGCCUCUGGUGAAAGUGUUGGGGCUGUUCGGAAGGGGAAAGUGGUUGAUACCCGGAGAGACCCGAGGCCCGUGAAAAACGACACCGCUGCAGACAUGAUGGAGGAACUGCACAGCCUGGACCCGCGGCGGCAGGAGCUGCUGGAGGCGCGCUUCACGGGCAUGGGGGUGGCCAAGGGUUCGGCGCACAACGAGUCGUCCAAUCAGAGCCUGUGCAGCGUGGGCUCUCUCAGUGACAAGGAGCUGGAGACACCGGAGAAGAAGCCCAAUGACCAGAGGACGAGGAAGAGGAAAGGAGAACCAUACGAUGGCAGUCAAGGGAAAGGAGGAACAAGAGGGCAUAAAAUUAGUGAUUAUUUUGAGUUUGCGGGUGGUAGUGGUCCUGGUACCAGUCCGGGUCGGUGUGUGCCGCCAGUGGUCCGCUCCUCCCCCCAGCACUCCCUCUCUAACCCCCCUGCCUCGGUGCAGCAGGGCAGCCCUUCCUCCGUAGGCUCUGCUAACACAGACCACUCCACCAGCUCUCUGAAGCCCAUCUCGCUCCACACCGCACACAAAGCUACACAGUCUGACCUCACGAUAGAGAAGCUGACUGCGCUGGAGAACAACAAGAACUCGGACCUGGAGAAGAAGGAGGGCCGCAUAGACGACUUGUUACGGGCGAACUGCGACUUGCGGCGGCAGAUUGACGAGCAGCAGCGAAUGCUGGAGCGGUACAAGGAGCGGCUGAACAAGUGUGUGACCAUGAGCAAGAAGCUGCUGAUCGAGAAGUCGAAGCAGGAGAAGAUGGCGUGCCGGGACAAGAGCAUGCAGGACAGGCUGCGUCUGGGGCACUUCACCACCGUGCGGCACGGGGCCUCCUUCACCGAGCAGUGGACGGACGGAUACGCCUUCCAGAACCUCAUCAAGCAGCAGGAGAGGAUCAACUCUCAGCGCGAGGACAUCGAGAGGCAGAGGAAGCUGCUGGCCAAGAGGAAGCCGCCCGCCAUGGGCCAGACCCCGCCCCCCAGCCUGGAGCAGAACAAGCGCAAGAGCAAGACCAACGGCUCGGAGAACGAAGCGUUGACGCUUGCAGAGUAUCACGAGCAGGAGGAGAUCUUCAAACUGAGGCUGGGACAUCUAAAGAAGGAGGAGGCGGAGAUCCAGGCGGAGCUGGAGCGGUUGGAGCGCGUGCGGAACCUGCACAUCCGCGAGCUGAAGAGGAUACACAACGAAGACAACUCACAGUUCAAAGACCACCCGACGCUGAACGACCGGUACCUGCUCUUACACUUACUGGGCAGAGGAGGCUUCAGUGAAGUCUACAAGGCCUUCGACUUGACGGAGCAGAGGUACGUGGCCGUGAAAAUCCACCAGCUGAACAAGAACUGGCGGGACGAGAAGAAGGAGAACUACCACAAACACGCCUGCAGGGAGUACAGAAUCCACAAGGAGCUGGACCACCCCAGAAUAGUCAAGCUCUACGACUACUUCUCGCUCGACACCGACUCGUUCUGCACGGUUCUGGAGUACUGCGAGGGGAACGACCUGGACUUCUACCUGAAGCAGCACAAGCUGAUGUCGGAGAAGGAGGGGCGCUCCAUCAUCAUGCAGAUCGUCAACGCGCUCAAGUACCUCAACGAGAUCCGGCCGCCCAUCAUCCACUACGACCUGAAGCCCGGUAACAUCCUCCUGGUGAACGGAACCGCCUGCGGCGAGAUCAAAAUCACCGACUUCGGCCUCUCGAAGAUAAUGGACGACGACAGCUACAACUCGGUGGACGGGAUGGAGCUGACCUCUCAGGGAGCCGGGACCUACUGGUACCUGCCGCCCGAGUGUUUCGUGGUGGGGAAGGAGCCGCCGAAGAUCUCCAACAAGGUGGACGUGUGGUCGGUGGGGGUCAUCUUCUACCAGAGCCUGUACGGCCGCAAGCCGUUCGGACACAACCAGUCCCAGCAGGACAUCCUCCAGGAGAACACCAUCCUGAAGGCCACGGAGGUGCAGUUCCCGCCCAAGCCUGUCGUCUCGCCCGAAGCCAAGGCCUUCAUCCGCCGCUGCCUGGCGUACCGGAAGGAGGACCGCAUCGACGUGCACCAGCUGGCCAGCGACCCCUUCCUCAUGCCCCACAUCCGCAAGUCGGUGUCCACCACCGGGACGCCGGGCGGGGCCAUGCCCUCCACCUCCGGCUCCUUCAACAGCAGCGCCUCCAACUGAGCCGAAACGCCUGCCCAUCCCUCAGCGCUCCGCAGAGGAGCCCGGCCACCCGGCCCACUCCCGCCGACACACCGCAGAGAGAGAGAGAGAGAGAGAGAGAGAGAGAGAGAGAGAGAGAGAUACAGGGGGAGUGAGAGAGACAGGGAGAGAGAGAGAGAGAGAGAGAUACAGGGGGAGUGAGAGAGAGAGAGACUGGGGGAGUGAGAGAGAGAGAGAGAGAGCGAGAGAUGGAGAGAAAGGGAGAGAAUGAGAGUGAGAGAGACCGAGAGCAGGAGAAACUGAUGGAGAGAGAGAGAGACAGGAAGAGAGAGUGAGAGACAGCGAAAGAGAGAAUGAGACGUAGAGAGUGAGAGGGCCCAGGUGCAGAGAAGGGGAGGCCCGGGGCACAGUCCCAGGGUGAAGUCCACACACCCUCCCAACCAAGACCUGCCAAACUCCCAGGAGCCGAGCCCGUCUCCCCCCACCUCCUCCUCCUCCUCCUCUUCUGUACUCACCUCUCCACCUCCUGCCCCAGCCGGAGAGAGCCUACCGCAGCGGACCCCCCGCUCAGAGGAGAGGAGGGCUCCUUCUGACUCCUGCUGGGUUGUUUUUCUUGGCGUAACCCGACGAGGCCGGCGGAGGAGCGAGCCCCUCAGACAGACCCGGUCUCCCACGGCCCUCUCACCCCUCCCUCCCAGGGGCAGGGCGGAGUCUGGCAGAGCCCGUCGACGGGCGAACGGCUGGGAGAGGCCCCGGCUCGGCCCUCGAUCGACGGGGGCCCCCAGGCCCGGCCCGCAGCGUGGACUGGGGGGAAGCGUCUCUCGGCCCCCCCAACCCCCUCCCACCCCCGCUCUCCGGGCUCGGGAAAAGGCCGACGCCCCCCCUUUCUCUCCCACGACCAAAGUUCCAGACUACCUGUUGGGGGGGGGGGGAUGCUGUUCCGUUUUCGCUCUGCGAGUUUUGUAGUGAGACAUGGAAAGAAGCCGAAGAGAGGCUCGCCUUUCACGAAGUUACCAUUCGAGCAUCUGUUUAACGUUUUAACGGACAUCGAAACUGGAAAUUGACUGUUUUCUUAAUAUUUCAGCCCCUCUUUUUUCAUACUUUUCCCCCCCUAUUAUUACAAGGGGGGGGCUGGAAUAUCAUUGUGUACUGUGAGGGGGAAGAGGGCCUUAGAAGAGAAUUGCAUAUAAACCAUUAAAUACUAUUGUUAAAAAAAAAAAA